AUCAGGAGACUUGCGUCGUCGAAGAUCCGCGGCUACUCGGGGAUUCUUGACAGCCCUUGCUAGCUACGCAGUGUCAGCAUCGUUCUCGCAUUCGGAGCUCCAAGGGGCGCCUAGGCUCGCUGCGCGGUGCUUAUAUAGCGAUCGCUAAGCUGCGUGGAUGUUCAGGACCCCUUCCCCUCGUAACGUCCUACGCAGAUACAGCCCCUCCCCCGAAAAUGAGCAGCAAGAAGAUGCAAUACGUUCGCCUCGGUAAUUCCGGGUUGAAGGUGUCGAAGAUCAUCCUCGGAUGCAUGUCGUAUGGCUCUCCCGACUGGCAGGGCUGGGUUCUGGGCGAAGAAGAAGGCCUGAAGCACAUCAAGUUUGCCUACGACAACGGCAUCACGACCUUCGACACCGCCAACGUCUACUCGAACGGACUUUCCGAGGUAAUUCUCGGAAAGGCUAUCAAGCAGUUCAACCUUCCGCGCGAAGAGCUCGUCAUCAUGACCAAGGUUUACUUCCCGAGGCCGGACGACCCCGCCAAAGUUGUUUGGGGGGCUGCCGACGCGGAAGCGGCCGGUAUCAUCAACCAGAAGGGGCUGAACCGCAAGCACAUCUUCGACUCGGUGAAGCAGAGCCUGCAGCGCCUGCAACUUGAUUACAUCGAUGUAUUGCAAUGCCACCGCUUCGACUACGACACCCCCAUCGAGGAGACGAUGCAAGCUCUCCAUGACGUCGUUCAGGCGGGAUACGUUCGCUACAUCGGCAUGAGCUCCUGCUUUGCAUAUCAGUUCAGCCAGAUGCAAAACUAUGCCAUCACGAACAAGCUCACGCCGUUCAUCUCCAUGCAGAACCACUACAGCCUCAUCUACCGUGAGGAGGAACGGGAGAUGUUCCCCACGCUGAAGCACUUCGGCGUGGGCUCUAUCCCGUGGUCGCCGCUCGGGCGAGGCAUACUCACGCACCCGCUUAACACGGAGACGCUACGCUCCAAGACCGACGGGUAUCUGCAGAUCUACAACAUACCUGCUAUCCCUGCCAUCGUCAGCCGCGUCGAGGAAUUGUCCAAGAAGAAGGGCGCGAGCAUGGCGCAGAUCGCGACCGCCUGGAUCCUCGCGAAGCCAGGUGUGACCGCACCCAUCAUAGGGACGACGAACCUCAAGAACUUGGAGGACAUCCUCGGCGCGCUCGACGUGAAGCUCACCGAAGAGGACAUCAAGUUCCUCGAGGAGCCCUACGCGCCCGUCGCGAUCGUUGGUCACUCCUAAUGGGUGCUACUUGCUAUCUCCGAACGACGCCCUACUCCCCGUGUGUAGUAGCUGGAACGUGUACGUGUAUGAAUAUAGCACAGAAGAAGGUGGGGAAUGUAAGUAAGAACUUGAAAUGACAUCUGUCCGACGC